AUGCAACUUACGAAGGGUGUCAGAUUGGACCAUCUUCUGUUGGCCGUGUACAGCUUCACCGCAGUGUCAACGGCACAAUCAGUCUCGACGUUACCCAGUGGUUGUUACAUUACCUCGUCCGUCGUCUAUGGGAACACAACUGAGUCAAGCACUGGCACCACGACUGAACCAGGCCAGUCAACCAUAUCCACGAGCUCUCUAGCUCCAUCAUCAAGCCCUAGCAAUGGCGCAUCAUCAUUCUCCUCUACGACUGCGCCCCUCAGUUCCUCCAGCUCUUCGAGUUCCACGUUGACAACCACCACAGCCUCGUCUCCUACCUCAAGCCCAUUCGUGAUCACCGUCAGCGGUAUCGGCAAUAAGCUGCGAGCUCGCGCACUGAACUAUGUGACAUUCAGCGGGGACAAUGCUUAUCUCUUUCCUGACAAGGACCUUGCUGCUGUUUUUGUCCUCGCUGUGGACGGUCAGUUGCAAACUGGGAAUGCCAGCGUCGGCACCAACGGAAAUACAGGCACAUUGCCCCUCAUGCAAUUCUCUGGGUCGACCGAGCCGAGUGGAUAUAUAUGGUCUUUCAACGGGACGACACUGAAGUUUGGAGACACGACGUUCUCGGCGAUUCCUGACGGACAGCUGUACGCGGUUUUUCCUGGUAGCCAGCCGCCUGAAGGAGCUGUGCAAGUUGGCAUGACGGCCGAGUUCGUUGAUGCCUCAACAUCGAGCUCGAGCCUGACCAGUUCGACAAGUAUUGGCUCGAGUUCUAUAGAGGGUACGAGUACUCUGGUGAGCACUGCCAGCUCGACUGAGCAGCAAACAAGUGAGACUACGCGACAGACUCCUGGAGGCACCUCGACUACCAAUCUCGACAGCUCUUUUGUCUCCAGCACCGGGUCAAGUCCUUCUUCAGGCACUACCUCUACUACACUGACAACGCCAACAGAAACAACGGCUGCUUCUGUCCAAUCCACGCCAAUAACUUACGCCAGCACAAGUACCUUAUCAUCAUUACCGCAGUCGACCUCGACGUCUCUGGUGUCGCAGUAUUCGGCUCAGAGUUCAAGCUCCAUCCUGUCUUCGGCAUUGCAGUCGACAACCUCAUCCUCUUACCUAUCGUCUUUUUCAGCCGUGACAAGCAGCACAACGGUUUCCAACCCCUUCACCUCGUCGCCUCCCAGCCAGACUACCAAUGCCGAAACUAGCCUUACCACGUCCUUGUCGAGGACGACGAGCGUGAUCACCACGGGAGGUCCCUCUGCAUUCAGUCCAACUUCAACUCAUUCGUCCCUAGCAUCGACCAUCGCAUCGAGUGCUACGCCCACAUUUUCAACUAGUGCAUCUACAAGUCGAUCUUCAAGCUUAUCGUCUAGUACGACGAAAUCAACAAGCGCAGUAGCAAGUCCGACAUCCCAGCCCGUAUCCAACAGUUCAUCCGGACAGGGCAGUGUCACCUCCACGUUGAUGAUCUCAUCUUCUGCCACCAUCACCAUCACCACAAGCAGGACGAGCCCGACAAGCUCAUUAACAGGAUCAAGAACCAGUACCAGCAGCGUCUCAACUACGACUUCCUCUUCCGUAUCCUCAAGCACAUCGUCUUCCAAUCCCGUUGCCAGCCCGUACCCAGCCAAACGAGGACUCGCGUACCGCAAUGUCACCACCCUUCAAUUCUACCCGCCGCCAUCCCCUUACAUUUCCUGGUCGUACAACUACUACUCCCUGCCCAACGCCAGCGACGACGUCGGCGCCUACCCAUCCAGCCAAUACCGCUUCAUCCCGCUCCUGUACAACGACGCCGACUCGCUCACGUCCAUCUGGGCGGCCAACGUCAACUUUUCGAUCGCCAACUACGGCACGGACGCCAUCUUCGGGUUCAACGAGCCCGACGCCAACUUCAACGGCCAGUCGGCCAACAUGCCGGUGGCGCAGUCGAUCCAGGGCUACCGCAACUUCAUGCAGCCGUUCGCGGGGCGGGUCAAGAUCGGAGCCCCCGCGGUGACCAACGCGGGCGGCGGGCUCGCGUACCUGGCGCAGUUCCUGGGCAACGCGACGCAGCAGAACCUGACGGUCGACUUCCUCAACAUCCACUGGUACGCCUCGCCGUACAACAUCGACUACUUCGAGAGCUACCUGCUGCAGGCCUACAACCUGUCGCUGACCUACUUCCCCGCGGCGCCCGUGCCCGUCUGGGUCACCGAGUUCGGCAUGGACCAGGCCGGCUACGACCAGGCCACCACGGUGCAGUUCCUCAAGAACGCCUCGCGCUGGAUGGACGACCAGCUCUGGCUCGCCCGCUACGCCUGGUUCGGCAACUUCGCCGCCGGCUACACCGCCGCCGGCGCCCCCGCAACUAACAUGCUCCUCAACGUCGACGGCAGCGCGCGCGGCGUGCUGGGAGACGUGUGGUACACGUACAACGGGACGAAUUAGGACUUGGGGGUUGUUUUUGCGUGAGAAAGGAAGUGCUGCGGU